UCCAAGUCUACAAACAAAAAAGUUGAAAGAGACUGAUAAUCACUCAUCACCACUGUUAAAGACCUGCACCCCAGGGCAAAGUCUCACUCUGUCAGUGGUCUCCUCUCCCGAUCCUCCAUCUGCUCGGCCAGAGGUCUCACCUGUGACCGGCUGAAGAUGAAGACUCCGCAGGUCAUCGGAGAUACACCAACACCGCUGCUGCUGCUGCUGCUGCUGCUCCUGCUGCGACUGACAGGGCUUUGCAUUGACGCGUACAAGCCUGUCGUCAUCGUGCAUGGUAUUUUUGAUGGACCAAAGCAGUUCAUAAAGCUGUCUACUUACAUAACCAAGGAGCAUCCAGGCACUGAGGUGAAAGUGAUUGACAUGUAUGACAACAUGGCCAGUCUGAAGCCAUUGUGGAAGCAGGUCCGAGACUUCAGGAAAGCCAUCAACCCCAUCAUGCAAAAGGCUCCUGGUGGCAUUCAUCUUCUGUGCUUUUCACAAGGUGGUCUAAUUUGUCGAGCACUUCUCUCUACGGCUCCAAACCACAACGUCCACUCCUUCAUCUCACUGUCAUCACCACAGGCUGGGCAGUAUGGAGACACAGACUACCUGAAGUGGGUAUUUCCUGACUGUGUCAAGAAAACUGUCUUUCGUAUUUGCUACAACAGACUGGGACAGAAAGUGUCUAUCUGCGACUACUGGAACGACCCUCACCACAGGUCCCGCUACUUGCAGAGCAACACCUUUCUGCCGCUGCUCAAUGGUGACAAACCUCACAAUGAGAUGAAAUCAUGGAGAGAAAACUUCCUGCGCAUCAAGAAGCUUGUGCUGAUUGGAGGACCAGAUGAUGGCGUCAUCACACCGUGGGAGUCCAGCCACUUUGGAUUCUAUGAUAGCAAGGAAACUGUUGUGCAAAUGAGGAACCAGGAGUUUUACAAGAACGACACGUUUGGACUGAAGAUGCUGAGCGCUCGUGGAGACGUGUCGGUGUGUGUUCACUCUGGUGUGAAGCACGUUCAGUGGCACUCCAACUUCACGGUGUUCAGGAGCUGCAUAGAGAAGUGGCUUACAUGAAAACAACACACCGACAGAGGGGUCAAGCGGGGGCUGGAGCCUUUCAAAGCUCAGGUCCAGUCUGUCACAGAGCAGACAGGCUAACACAUACAAAGAGAAAACCAUUCAUACUCAGAUUUACACAUACACAGUACAGGCAGUUUCACAUAGAUCAGAUUCCACACAGAAAGGUCCCACCUGACACCUUCUACCACCGCCGUGCCACCCCUAAUUCCCUCUUUUCAAUAUAUUUUAUUCAUACAGACAGUAACCACAUGCAAUACUCAUCUACACACAAACACAGAUCUGUAGUUUCCUCUUCUUUAAGACAUCCCCCAUGAAAAAACUCAUCAUAUUAUUGUGUUGUAUAAUUCUGCCAUACCCAUUAUCUUGUAUUAUUAUAUUCCAUAUUUUGUCAUAUAAAAAGGAUCUUAAUAGAUUGAUAAUGUAUAGUUUACUUGCUACACAAUAUUUUGUUAUUUUCUUAUGAAGCACACCAGUGGUGAGUGAAUUCAACUAGUGUUUAAUUAAUAAGAGUGCAUAUGUGUUUUAUGCCUUCAAAAUAUGACUUUUUACAACAAUCAUGUCAAAUUGUAGCUGUAAAUUUAUAAAUUUUAAGUGAAAAUCAAAACAUUUCCCAUUAGCAUGAAUAUAUUUUUAUAUAUGUUCAAAUAUCAUGUUUUAAGCUGUUUUUGUAUUUUGAAUUUUUGUGAAAAUCUGCCUGUUUUUGCUACACUUGCAACUAAAGCCUUCAAUACACACAUAACAAAUUAUCAAUGUUCUUUGUUAUUGCCAUAAAGGCCACUUUAUAAUAAUAUAUAAAUAAUCUCAGUGAGAAUAUUCUCAAAUUGUUCUUAAUACUACAGGUAAUAGUGACCUGAAGUGUCUAAUAAAAGGCAUUUAUUCUACUAAAUCCCAUUGGCCUGCAUCAUAGUAUGAGCAAUGACCAAUUAAACACUGCCCUCUGGUGGAUGUUUAAAGU